AUGGAUUUGAACAACAACACGUUUCUGGUUACACUCGGGGAUGAUCAGGAUUACCUAAGGGCUUUGGCAGGAGGACCUUGGGUCAUAUUGGACCACUAUUUAGUCGUUCACCCCUGGUCAACCUCUUUCCGUACCUCCGACAAGCCUCACCGAUCAGUCGUCACAUGGGUCCAAUUGCCAGAACUACCGGUGCAUUUCUAUCAUAGAGAAGUGCUAUUUGCCUUGGGAAACCUCAUCGGUCGGACAGUCAAGCUAGAUUAUCAUACGGAGAAUCUUGGAUGCGGAAAGUUUGCUAGAUUAGGUGUGGAAUUGGACAUGUCCAAACCCCUGCCUACUCGCAUCCGGCUGGACGGUUUUUGGCAACCAGUGCUCUAUGAGAAUCUACCAACAUUUGUUAUGAAUGUGGGCGAAUUGGGCACAAAGAAGAGGAUUGUCCGACCAAGAAAUCUUCUCAACCUAUGGAUUUGGUUGUGGUCGGAGAUAGUGGAAAGACUCUGCCGCCGGAAACAGAGACGUCGGAGCCACCUGCCGGCUAUGGUCCAUGGAUGCAGGUGA